GAAGUCGUUAGGAGAGAGUCUAAAACUAAGGAAUUAGUUUAUUAUCACAAUGGCUCAUAGCAGUGAACAUAAAGGUCCAGUUAUUGGAGCCCGCCAUCUUCAGGUUUUCCUGCUUUUUCUAGCAAUAGCAGUCAGCUUUAUGGAGAGAUCAAAUGUUUCUAUAGCAGUUGUUGCCAUGACAGAUGCACAAACUACAAAUUCUGAUUUUCAUGAAUUUAAUUGGAAUGAAAUACAAAAAUCAUACAUUUUGAGCAGUUUCUAUUGGGGCUAUGUUGUAACUCAAUUUCCAGGUGGUUAUUUGGUAAGAAUGCUGGGCGUCAAAGCUUGUAUAUUCAUAGCAGUCCUUGGAUCUUCAAUUUGUAACUUACUUGUGCCACUUUGCGUUCCCUGGGGCGAAUGGCAAGCUUAUUGUGUCAUUCGAGUUAUCCAGGGCCUAUUUCAGGGAUUUCUUUUUCCAACUGCUCAUGCUCAUAUGGCAAUAUGGUCGCCAGUUGAGGAACGAACAAUUCUUGGUGGCCUUGCUUAUGUUGGGAUCCCUGUUGGAAUAAUAUUAGCCAUGAGCCUAACAGGUGUGAUUGCAGCAUCAGGUCUCGGAUGGCCAGGAAUUUCAUACGUUUAUGGCGGAAUUGGAAUUGUUUUCUGUGUUGUUUGGUUAAUUUUUGCAGAAAACAACCCAACAUAUUCGCGAUUUAUAACCUCGGAGGAGAGGGAAUAUAUUAUUACGUCUCAGGACAGCGAUGGAAGCAAACACCAAGAGAAGAUUCCAAUCCCCUGGAAAGCUAUUCUAACUUCUCCUCCUUUCCUCUCGCUUCUUGCUGUUCAAAUAUGCCAGGCGUGGAGCGCUUCUAUAGUGGAAAACAAGACGCCUGCAUAUCUCCAUGGCGUCCUUAAUAUGGACAUCAAAAGCAAUGCCUUGUUCUCAACGCUUCCGUUUAUAGCGAUGUUGGUUAUGUCACUAGUCUUUCUUUUUGGAGCCGACAUAGUUUUGAAGAGGCAAUGGGCUUCUGUGGGUGUAGUUCAGAAAUCUAUCAACACUAUUGCAAUGUGGGGAUCAGCUGCUGUGUUAUUUGGAAUUGGAUUUCUCGAUGAGAACCAAAAAACUUUGGCCAUAACAUUGUUGAUUUUAAAUUUAGGUCUGGGUGGUGGUAUCACAAUCGGAAGUAUGUUGAACACAAAUGACUUAUCUCCAAAUCACGCUGGGAUCUUGAUGGGAAUAUGGAAUUGUAUAGCAAGUUUCGUACUUAUUUUAACUCCUCUCAUAGUUGGAGUCAUAAUUUAUGAUGAGAGCAAACGAUCACUUUGGCAAAUUGUUUUUAUAAUUGCUGCAUUUCUUUCCUUCUUCGGAAAUCUUCAAUAUCUUUUCUUUGGUUCAACCAAAACUCAAUCUUGGAAUGAUCCAGACUAUCUUAUAAGGCAUGACAUUGAGAAAAGUAAAAGCGUCAAUAAUUCAACGACGACAGAGUUA